AUGAUACAUCAACAGAUUCCAUACCAGCCAACAGGAUAUGCUUCGAAUGUGUAUUCGGGUGGACAACCUGAUCCGGAUCAGACAGAUCUCCAAGACUUGUUGGAUAAUAUCAGGCCAGACGAAGAACUUGAGGAGGGUGUUGAGCAAACACCAGCUGAGUUAUCCAUUAAUUUGAUGAAGCAUCAAAGAUUGGGAUUAACUUGGCUCAAGCGUAUGGAAGAUCUGAAAUCUAAAGGAGGAAUUCUAGCUGAUGAUAUGGGGUUGGGGAAGACUAUUCAAGCUAUAGCAUUGAUAUUGUCUAAUAAGCCUAAAGAUCUGGACUAUAAAACAACUUUGAUUAUAGCCCCAGUUUCUUUGUUAAGACAAUGGGCUGCCGAAAUUGAAUCAAAGCUCAAGUCAAACUGCGCUUUGAAAAUAGCAAUUUAUCAUGGAGGGGUAAAGAAGUCGUUAGCCAAAUUCAAAGAUAUAGAGUCCUUUGAUGUUCUUUUGACUUCGUAUGGAACGUUAUCGUCUGAAUGGAAACGGCACUUUAAGGAAGCCAUUGCAUCCUUCAAAUCUGAAAAGAAGGAUUCAAUUGCGACAUUCAUGCCGAGAUUUGAGGAUGGAGGCAAAAGUUAUAAGUCGCCUUUCUUUUGUAAAGAAUCGACAUUCCAUAGAAUCAUCCUUGAUGAGGCUCAAAAUAUUAAGAACAAGUCAUCAUUGGCUUCCAAAUCAGUGACAUACUUGAAAGGGGAGUUUAGAUUGUGUCUCUCGGGUACACCCAUUCAAAACAAUGUUGACGAAUUAUAUCCUAUCUUACGAUUUUUGAAGAUAAGACCAUACGAUAAUGAGUUCAAGUUUAGGCUGGAUAUCUCAGUACCUCUUAGGUCGAACUCAGAAAAUUAUGAUGACUUUGAGAAAGGCAAAAGUAUCAAAAAGUUAAGAGCUUUACUAAAGGCAAUUCUUCUAAGAAGGGUUAAAGAUUCUUUGAUCGAUGGUAAACCAAUUUUAUCCUUGCCCGAAAAACAUGUGAUAUCUGAUUAUGUUGAUAUGAAUCAAACUGAAAAGGAGUAUUAUACUGCAUUGGAAAGUGGUAUUCAAAAGAAGGCGAAGAAGUUGUUGAACUCAAAAACUAGGCAUUCUGCAACGGGUAUUUUGACAUUAUUGUUGAGGUUGAGACAGGCAUGCUGUCAUUGGUUCUUGGUUGAAAUUGGUGAAAUUAAAUCAGCUCAGAGUAAGAAGUCAGAAGAUGACUUGAAUAACCCAAAAGAUUGGAGAAAAAUGUAUGCGCAGGUUGUAUCUUUGGAUGCAGAGAUUGUGGAAAGAAUCAAAGCAUUGGACGAACUGUCAAACAAGAGCCAGGAGAACGAAGCAGAAAUCACAUUACAAAAUGAUGAAGAUAUGCUAACUUGCCCUAUAUGCUAUAAUGUUUUGACUCCCUCGGAAUCAAUUACAAUUUUGCCAAGAUGUGGACAUAUGAUUUGCCAUUCUUGCAUUGACAUUUUUUUUGAGAAUCAUUCAACAGACGAUGAAAAUGGCCGAUUUGCCAAAUGUGUGGAAUGUCAAAAUAAUGUGCACCAAGGUGACUUGAUCGAUUAUGAGAUCUUCAGAAAGGUACACAAUGAAGGUUAUGGAUAUGGAGCUAUCGGAGAUUUUUGUAAGAAGUAUUAUGCUCCUUCAGGUAUUCCAAGAAAUAACAUUCUAAUUGAGGAACUUAUUGCUGAAGAAAAAGGAUUUAAUAUCUCAGCUAAAAUUGGAAAAGCUAUGGAAUUGAUACAAGAUAUAUUUACUAAACUGCCUGAUGAGAAAAUUAUUAUUUUCUCGCAGUUCACUGUCCUAUUUGAUGUUAUAAAGUUUGCAUUUGAUGAGAAAGGAAUUGACUUUUUGAGGUAUGAUGGCUCAAUGAGUCUCGAUGCGAAAAACACAACCAUAAAAAGGUUUUACCAGGAGAAUGUGAAGGUGUUACUCUUAUCUUUGAAAGCCGGAAAUACUGGUUUAACUUUGACUUGUGCUUCUCAUGUUAUAAUUAUGGAUCCAUUUUGGAAUCCAUUUGUCGAGGAACAAGCAAUGGACAGAGCAUACAGAAUUGGACAAGAAAGAGAGGUGUUUGUUCACAGAAUUUUAAUCUCCGGUACAGUGGAAAGCAGAAUUAUGGAAUUACAAGAAAGGAAGAAGGAAUUGGUCCAAUCUGCUCUUGAUGAAAAGGGCAUGAAAUCUGUGUCGAGAUUAGGUCAACAAGAAUUAGGAUUCUUGUUUGGUUUGAAUAGCUUGCUGACUUAA